CGUGAAAAACAUAACCUAAAAUACAAACUGUAUACAAAUACAAUUGCGCGUAAAUUUAUAUAUAUAUUUAUAUAAAGAAAAAUUAUAAAUUUAUCUUUAAAUAAAAAAAAAAAAAUGGAAGAAAUGGAUACAAAUCUUAGUGAAGAUGAACUUCACGCUAAAAAAGAAGAAGAAAUGGAAACAAAUAAAUGUGGCGAGAAUAUUGAGGAUGAAAAUCGCAUGAUCGAGGAUAUUGGCGAAAAUGAUAGCGAUGCCGAAAACAGUGAUAUCGAUGAUAAAAUUAAUAAAGAGGAUGAAGAAGACGAUGAUGAUGACGACGAUGACGAUAAUGAAGAUGAUGCAAAUGAAAUCGAAGUUAAAAAUCUCGAAGAAACUCUAUUAAAGAAUCCUUACGAUUAUGCUAGCCAUGUUGCGCUCAUAAAUUUACUAUCAAAAAUGGGUGAAUUAGAAAGAUUGCGUGUUGCAAGGGAAAAUAUGAGUAAAACUUAUCCUCUAAGUCCAGAAUUAUGGCGUUCUUGGAUGCAGGAUGAAAUUAAACUUGCCAUUACUAAUGAAGAAAAAAUUGCUGUUGUCGAACUUUGCGAAAGAGCUGUAAAUGAUUAUUUGUCUGUUGAAAUUUGGUUGGAAUAUUUACAAUUUAGUAUUGGUAAUAUGGGCAAUGAAAAAGAUGCCGCUGAAAAUGUUCGACAAUUAUUUCAACGAGCUUUAACUGCUGUUAGUGGUCACAUAACGAAAGGAGCAAUUAUUUGGGAGGCAUUUAGAGAAUUUGAAAAUGUUCUCGUUUCAAUGAUUGACGCUUCAAAUACAACUGAACGCAUAAAACAACUUGAUCGAGUUGGUAAAUUAUUUAGUCGACAAUUGCAAGUUCCUCUUCUUGAUAUGGAAAAAACACUCAAUGAAUAUGAAUUAUGGCGUUUAGGCGAUGGUGCAACAUCAACAAUUGAUUAUCAAAAUGUAAUGAAUAAUUAUGAAAUUGCAUUGAAAAAAUUAAGUGAUCGUUUACCAUUUGAGGAGAAAUUAAUAUCAUCACAAAAUGAAUCAGAAUUAUUAGAUGCUUUUAAUGCAUAUUUAAUGUAUGAAAAACGACAACCAGAUCCAGGUCGUGUUAUUGUAUUAUUUGAACGUGCAAUUUCAGAAUUAACAAUUGAAGCAUCAUUAUGGUUGGAUUAUGUAUUAUUUCUUGAAUCAACAAUUAAAAUAGAAGAUGUUUUAGAUAGAAUAUUUAAAAGAGCAGCAAGAAAUGUACCAUGGUGCUGUGAAAUAUGGCGACGUAGAAUUCGUGCUUAUGAAAAAUGGGGAAAAACAGUGACUGAAGUACAAACAAUAUUUGAAGAAGCACUGCAAGCUGGAUUUACAACAUCUGAAGAAUAUAAAAGUCUUUGGCUAUUGUAUUUGGAAUAUUUACGUCGUCGAAUUGAUGAUAUGAAUAAUGAUGAGGAGAAAGAUAGACAAUUGGAAACAUUGAGAAAAACAUUUAAUAAAGCUUGUGAAUAUUUAGCAAAUUUUGGAUUGGAGGGCGAUAUAAAUUGUGAAAUUUUACAAUUUUGGGCAAGAACCGAAGCUAUACACGCUAAAGAUAUGGAGAAAGCGCGUGAACUUUGGGCUGAUAUUCUCACACAAGGACAUUCAUCGAAAGCUGCUAGUUGGCUUGAAUUUAUCUCUCUAGAGAAAUGUUAUGGAACGACAAAACAUUUGAGAAAAUUAUAUCCAAAAGCAUUGGCAAUUGUUAAAGAUUGGCCGGAGAGUAUUGGUAAUGCUUGGAUUAAUUUUGAACGCGAUGAAGGCACUUUGGAACAACUUGAAAUUGCUGAACAAAAAGUAAAAGAAAAACUUGAAAAAAUACAUGAUGAUCGUUUAAAAUUACAAACAACAAGCGCCGAUGUUAAUUUAUUUAUAAAAGGUAAAAGAAAAGCUGAGGAAACUGGAAAAAUGCGUAAACGUAUUGGUAUAUCGCCACAAAAAAUAUCACGUCUCAGUAUUAAGGAUGAUAAAGAUAAUAAAUUAAGGGAAAAUUUAUUAAAAAGCGAUGGUAAAAGAAAAUUGGAAAAAGAAAUAAAUAAAUUGGAACCACCACCUGGUUAUCAAGAGGAAAAAAUGGAGGAAGACAUUGUUCCUGAAGUUGAUUAUAAAAUAUCAAUAUUUAUAAGUAAUUUAGAUUUUACAGCAACUGAGGAUGAUUUAAAGGAUGCAAUUUCAUCGGCUGGUGAAAUUACAUUAUUAAAAUUAGUUCGUGAUUUAAAGGGACGCAGUAAGGGAUUUGCUUAUGUUCAACUUUCAAGUUCUGAAGCCGUUGAUGAAGCUCUAAAACUCGAUAGAAUAAAAGUAAAAGGCAGGCCUAUGUUUAUAUCUCGCUGUAAUCCUGAUAAAAAUUCACGAGCACAUGCCUUCAAAUAUAAAUGCUCUCUGGAAAAAAAUAAACUCUACAUAAAAGGACUUCCGGCAAUAAUAACAAAAGAAGAAUUGGAAGAAUUAUUUAAAUCACAUGGAACAGUGGUGGAUAUUCGUAUUCCUGUUUAUCGCAAUGGACAUGCAAAAGGAAUAGCGUAUGUUGAUUUUGAAAAUGAAAAUGAAGCGUCUAAAGCAUUAUUGGCAACAGAUGGCAUCGAAAUAAAAGGUAAGAUGAUUAGCGUUGCAAUAAGUAAUCCCAAAGAACGUAAAAAAGAAUCUUCCGAGGAGGAACAUUUGACAAAAUCACUUGGUGCUCAUCCAUCGGGAAAAUCAUUUUCCCAUCCAAAACCAGCUCUCGCUAUGAUACCGCGUAACGUUCAAUUAACAUCAGUUAAUGGUAAUAAAUCAAAAUCAAACGAGACAACCACACCAUUAACGAAUAAAGAUUUUCGUGAGAUGCUUCUUAAAAAAUAAUAUUUUCCAUGAAAAAAAAACUCCUGUAAAAAAAUACAAAAAAAAAAUAAGAAUGCCACCUGUUUAUAAAAAAAAAGAGCAUGUUUUUCUACAAAAUAAAUAAUUUAUAUAUAUAAUAUAUAAAUAUAUAAA